GUGCGCAUGCCCAGUAGUUUUGCCAGCUAGCCGUAACCGUCGUCAGCAGCUCUGAUUGUGUUCGGCUUCUUGCGGCUGCGAAUGGACUCGUCUCACUGCCGCAGAAUCAGAUGAACGCCCUCAUUUCACUUUCUUCCAGACAUGACAGCACUGAAAUGAUCCAGUAUUUAGAAAUCCCGUCCUUACGAGACAUGGAGACCACUCACAGGAGAAUGUUAAAGGAUUUCUGCUGCUGCUGGCUGGUGUAGCCCGAGGCCGGACAUCAGCGAUGGGGAUCAUUUUCACAAAAUUAUGGAGGCUUUUUAACCACCAAGAGCACAAAGUCAUUAUUGUUGGGCUGGACAAUGCAGGAAAGACCACCAUACUUUAUCAGUUCUCUAUGAAUGAGGUGGUGCACACUUCACCCACCAUAGGCAGCAAUGUGGAAGAGAUUGUGGUCAAUAACACACAUUUCCUUAUGUGGGACAUUGGAGGACAGGAAUCCCUACGCUCCUCUUGGAACACUUACUACACUAACACAGAGUUUGUGAUCAUGGUCGUGGACAGCACAGACAGAGAGAGGAUCUCAGUGACCAGAGAGGAGCUCUACAGAAUGUUAGCCCAUGAGGAUCUGAAAAAAGCUGGUUUGUUGAUUUUCGCCAACAAGCAAGAUGUGAAGGGUUGUAUGACUGUUGCUGAGAUUUCCCAGAGUCUUCAGCUUACCUCUGUCAAAGACCACCAGUGGCACAUCCAGGCCUGCUGUGCCCUCACUGGAGAAGGGCUCUGCCAGGGUCUAGAAUGGAUGAUGUCACGGCUGCGAGUAAGAUGACCUUUGACCUCAGAUAGCAGUGUGCUCUCUCUGUCUUUCCCACCGGACGUGGAGGCCGGUUGUCGCUCACUGUGAAGGUGACCCAGGGACGUCACCAGAACUUGUCUGAUUAUUUAUUACAAAUUAUUGAGAACUGUGAACAGACAAUUUGCAGCUAACUAACUAAAAAAAGUCAGGACUUGCGAGACAGCAUACACCCAGUGUUUUUCUUCACGAAUGGCCAUUGAAAGAGUAAUAGGGUGGUAUAGACCUUGGACUAAGAGGACUUGUCCCUAGCUGAGCGGAACCUUACCUGGAGUGGCCUCACUGCUUUGCCCAGCUAGCUGACAUGGUGUUUCCCAGUGUGUACAGUCCAGUAUUUUCAUUAACCUUGUGCCUGCACCUGACUCUCUGUUACCUCUGGACCGAAGAGACACAUUACCAUGCAACAGGAGACUGCACUCAUGUAAAAUACAACUAAAUAAAGUGUUUUUAUCUGUCAUGA